AUGAACACUCCUCCGCUCUCUCCGACAUACACCACAGUCAAUCGAUGUGGGCCUAACGCCGAGGCCAGUCAGUCAGCCAGAUACACCCCACCUCGACCGCCUGUCUGCUGUCUGUGGGCUGGCAUAAGUGGUGGUGACGGUGGUUGUGGUGAUGGUGGUGGUGACUACGUCGUUAGUGAGGGAGACGGUGUCGAGCGCGCCGCCGCCGUUCACAAUCCAGAGGAUUCUCUCCCAGCAACCAUCGCCGAUGACACAAAGGACAAUUUCGCAAUAAGGAUGCAUUUGGAGGCGAUUCAGUACGUCGUGAUGACAGUGGUGAUCGUUCAGACGAAAGACGGUGUACAGAUGGAUGAUGGCGUCGCCAACGAAACGCAUUAUCGCAGGCCGAAUCGUCGACGACCGACGCACCUGACCCACACCGUAUUAGGGCUGUGGUUGUGUUUCAUUCUUCAAUCAAUCGUCGAACUUCUUCUGAUACGUCGCGUCGACGUUGACGUUGGCCGUCGACGUGCUGAGGACGGACAACUGCGCUUAAGAUGA